GUGGUCCCCACGUGCCUUAGAACCCUCGUCACCUGUCUCCUUCCCCAGAAAGCGAUGACUCCCGUUACCCACUGCCCGCCGCCCGGCGGCGGCGCCGUCACCGGAGCCGGCGCGCCACCGCUCGGCGGCGUCCGCUCCGGCCCCUUCCCUCCUCCACCUCCCCCCGCCGCCUCCCGCAUCCACCUCCCCCGCCUACCCCGGCCGCCACCUUCCCUCUCUUCCUCCAGCACCCCCGCCAGCCCCGUCCCUAGCCCCGCCGCCUCCGCCCUCCGCCCCUCCGACGAGGCCCUGUCCGCCAUGUCCCCGCGGGAGCACACCUCCCUCCUCUCGCGGCAGCGCUGCUGGCGCCGCGCUCGGGACCUCUUCGACCGCCUGCGCGCGAUCCCCGGGUACGCCCCCAACCCCGUCCACGACGCCGUCCUCCUCCGCCACCUCGCCCGCGCGCGCCGCUGGGACGAGCUCCGCCGCGCCUGGCUCGGGAUGGCCCUCCCGCCCUCCAACCCGGCCUACGCGGCCCUCGCCGACGCGCUCGCCAAGGCCGGGUUGGCGCGGGGAGCCCUCCUGCUGCUCCGACACAUGCGCGCCCGGGGCGUCGCGCCGGACGAGGUGUCGAUGAACACCUUCGUCCGCGUCCUCAAGGACCAGGGUCGCUACGCUGACGCGGUUGCCUUCUUCCGCAAUUGGUGCGACGGCAGCUUCGAGGUUGACUUCCUUGAUCUUGACGGCAUCGCGAUUGAUUCUGACGGCCCGAUGCAGUUCUUGCUUGCUGAUAGCUGUGACAGCAAAUUUGCUUCUGCUGCUGCACUAGCCAUUGGUGAAGGUCCUAGGAAGCCGAAGCUUGUGGCAACAUAUAACACGCUGAUUGAUCUCUAUGGGAAGGCUGGGAGGUUGAAGGACGUGCUGGACAUGUUUCUGGAUAUGCCGACUCAUGGGGUUAUGCCAGACACGUGUACGUUCAACACAUUGAUCAACGUAUUUGGGUUAUCUGGUAACAUGGCACAGGCAGAGGCUCUGUUUGCCAACAUGGUAGUUAGGGGCAUCAAUCCCGACACUAAGACAUUCAAUGUGAUGAUGACUGUGUUUGCAUCGAUUGGGGAUUUAGAUGGAAUUCUGAAGUACUACAGGCAAAUUGGGAAGGCAGGGCUACAUGUGGAUGCUGUGAGCUCAAGGAUCAUGCUGCGGGCGCUAUGCGAGAGGAAGAUGGUGCAUGAAGCAGAAGACGUGAUUGAAGGGAUUCUGAAUUCGGGCGGUUCUGUCCAUGAGCAGUCCCUGCCUGUUGUCAUGAAGAUGUAUGUUGAUCUAGGAUUGCUUGAUGAGGCAAACACAUUCUUUGAGAGGCACUGCAGAGGUAAAGGGGUUUCAUCCAAGAAUUUUGCUGCCAUAAUCGAUGCUUUUGCAGUGAAGGGUCUGUGGGAAGAAGCUGAACAUAUUUUCUUCUCUAUAAGAGGAGAUGGGAACAACAAGGACAUAAUGGAGUAUAAUGUGAUGGUGAAGGCUUAUGGUCGGGCAAAGCAGUAUGAUCAAGUCUCUUAUCUGCUUGAGAGCAUGGAGGAGUCUGGUGUUUCACCAGAUGAGUGCACAUAUAAUUCCUUGAUUCAAAUGUUUUCCGUUGGUGGAUUCCCACAGAGAGCUAAGAAACUAUUAGUUAAAAUGAAAGAUGCAGGAUUUGAACCAAAGUGUGAGACAUACUCUGCUGUCAUUAGAAGUUAUUCCCGGCAUUGUUUGGUACCAGAGGCCAUAGGCCUGUUCAAUGAAAUGAAGUCCUCUGGUGUUGAGCCGAAUAUCGUCGUUUAUGGACUGUUGAUUGAUAUGUUUGCAGAGACAGGAAAUGUUAAGGAAGCACUGUACUAUAGUAACCUGUUGGAAGAAUCUGGAAUCUCUCCAAACCAGGUUGUUCUAACUUCCCUUAUUAAAGCCUAUAGCAAAUACAAUUUCUGGAAGGAAGCACAAGAUUUGUAUUCAAGGAUGAAGAACAUGGAUGAUGGCCCUGACAUCAUUGCCUCUAAUGCCAUGCUAAACCUUUAUGCAAAUCUUGGGAUGGUCACUGAAGCAAAAGAAAUCUUUGAUAGCCUGAGGAGAAAUAGUAAUGCAGAUGGUGUUUCAUACACUACCAUGGUAUACCUCUACAAGGGCAUGGGCUUGCUUAGUGAAUCCAUUAAAAUUGCAUGUGAAUUGCAGAAGUCAGGCUUACUAUCUGACUGUGCUUCAUACAAUGCUGUUAUGGCUUGUUAUGUGGCCAAGGGUAACCUUAGAGAUUGUGCAGAGUUAGUGCAAGAAAUGGUUGUGGCUAACAUCCCACCAGAUGCCUCAACAUUUGGAAUGAUUUUUUCUCUACUGCAGAAUGGCCAUGUAUCCUCAGAAGAAGUUUUUAAGUUAGAGUCAGCAUAUAGUGACGGCAAGAGUUCUGCCAAGCAAGCAAUUAUUGCAUUCUUGUUCUCCAUAGCUGGCAUGCAUGCUGCUGCACUAGAGAUUUGUGAGCAGUUAUUAAGGCCUGAUUGGACAAUUGAUGCAUGUGCAUAUAAUGUUUGCUUCAAGGUCUAUGCUUCUUGCGGGAAGGUGGAAAAGGCUUUCAGCUUGUUUAUGCGGAUGAAUGAUUUAGGGCUCAAACCGGAUACAGUUACUUGUAUCCGUCUGGCAACUUGCUAUGGGAAACCUGGAGUAUCGGAAGGCCUAAGAACAAAUGCUCUUCUUAAAUACAGAACUGAUGAGCUUAUUCCUUCGCAUAAUGCAUUGGUUGCGUAUAUAGAAACUGGAAAAAAUAAUGUUGCAGUUCAGUUAGUCAAGAAAUGAUAUGUACCAAAUAUUUAGGAUCAGCUUAUACUUCACAAGGAAAUGUUGAUAUAAUUGUAGGUUCUGAAACUGGUUAUCGGAAGUGAGUCAGGCUUGCUUCAAGAUAUAAAAAGCCAGAUAGAAGAUUUGUGUGUGUCUCUACUUACUAACCAAUAUAGUGCUUGAAAAUCUCAAUAGUGUUACCGUUUGCUGUAUUUUUGUAUGGUUAACAUUUUGAUGUAUGUGUUAUAGCUUUUUUGCUUGUUAAAGACAGAGAUUAUCAGUAGACUGGAAAAAUGUUUUAUAGACAACAAGCUUCAUAGUGGAGUCUGAGCCGCAGCUUGGUUUAUAUAACUACAUGAGUGAUAGCAAUACAGUUCCUGCUUGGUAUCUGAUAUUACUUUCUGCCUUUAUGGUCAAUUUCUUGUAGUAACUGGACCCAUAGUGGAUAAUACCAUGAUCACCUGUUUGUCUGAUUUGUUUUUUGGAAUUACAGUCAUAAUGGAAUUCUAUUGACAAUAUGCUGUAAUGUUGAAUCCAAACGUUAUUAAUUGUGAGGGCCAUUAUUAAUUGUCAUUACAUUAUUAAUGUUGAAAUUCCAUGACACAGGACUGCAGGAGUUACACGUCUCUUCCUCAGUACAUUGACUGAGUUUUGGAUAAAUCAGGGGUCAAGUCAUUGUCAGCUGUCCACAUUGCUAAACUGGCAGUUGGCGGCAAUAGUAAUGUUUUUAAUUUCUGGUCUUUUGAGUUGCAGUUGUGCUUGCACUUAUUUCUUACUGCAUCAAGUCUGGAAGAUCUGCUCUUCUCGCUUUGGAGAUGGAGGCCAGAGGGUAGAUUAGCCUCCUGCCACCCCGAGGAAUGUGGCAUGGGGACCGAGGUUUAAGCCCUGGCCGGUUCGCUUUGGAGAUGACCUACAGAACUUGUCUUAAGAGAAGUCAUUCAAAGAUCCGCUCCUGGGAUGCAGGUUCUUUUAAAUCAGUCAAUGAUAUUUGCACAGGAGGGUUUCUGUGCAACGUGUGUCGGCACUACAUUGUCUCUUCGUCAGGUUUCUGUCUGUUCCGCUUGUUCCUGCUGCCUCUGUUCUCUAAUUGGUGCUGUGGGCUGUGCUGAAUCGCUGUAAAUUACUUGUAGAACUGUUGGUCUGUGUGGACAUGGCUAUGUUGCCUUGUGUUCAUAGAGUAACAGCUCGUACACAUCGAUAUGACCUCAAUCUGCAUAACAACGAGGAACUAGACACUGAAACUGGAAAUCCCUGUCGUUUGUAGGAUCACUGUACAUUAGGACUGAGUGACUGAGUGGGCAAUUUUGUGGUUUCUGGCUCUUGGGUCAAGGGCCAUGGUUCAGACAGCUUCUUGAGUUUUUCAAGAGCAAGUUUCUGUAAUCCUAAUCACGACUUGAUCA